CGCUGGGUUUAUCCUCAAUUUUCGACGAUAUUAGUGACUACAUAGAAUGACUUGACAUCUAUGCAGUUUCAAAAUGGCUACUGCAACAGACGAGUUGAACCUCUUGGAGAGGGUCUCCUUGUGUUUGGGAUGUGCCGACACAGACGAUAAACUCCAGUCGUCAGUAUGCAAAUUCCUACCUCCAGUUUUGCAAAAGAUCUCGAGUCCCCACGCCGAUGUGAGAAAAAAAGUGAUGGGUCUGCUGAUCCACAUCACGAAACGACUGAAGAGUCGGCCAAAAGUUCAACUUCCAGUGGAGGCACUUCUGCUCCAGUACCAAGACCCAGCAGCGAAUACUUUCGUCAUAAACUUCACGAUAAUCUACAUAAAAUUGGGUUAUCCUCGUAUGGAGAUGAAGAAACAGGUAGAGCUCGUCUCCAGUGUAUUGAACUCGAUCAAAGGUAAACCCCUGCUUCACCAGGACAGUUUAAUUUUUUUAAUUAUGCCAGCCGUGGGCCACAUUCAGGCCCCAAUAAUCGCUGAUAAACGAGCAGCACUACUGAGUCUGGAAGACAAACCGUAUGUUGCAAAGCAAUUGAUACUCUUUAUGCUGGAUAUGUUACUCCUGCCAUACGGUGCAGUGGGUCAAACUGAUGGUCAGCAGAGUGGACAGCCCAUCGACUGGUCGAAAUAUCCCGUUCCCCCAGGUCUCAGUGAAUAUUCAUUCAAACGAGCCAUCGGCGAAACUCCACUACUUCCUGCAGAACUAGAACAGGUCAAACUGGGAAUUGUCAAAUUCAUAACAACAGGGUUCUUCCCAAGGAAUGGUAUCCUUAUUCACCUGAUUGUCGCAGCAGCAGACACAAGAUUCAGUGUUGCCAAUCUAGCUGACAUGGAGCUGAGGAAGUUGGUGGGCUCUCUCGACUGGUCCUCCACGUUACUGGCACAGCCUCUUUACAUGGUGUUCCUUGGAUCCAGCUCGUUCGUACAGGAAAACCAUCUCAAGCCAGAAAUGAAACGACUGCCAGCAAACACUAGGAUUCGAUUGAAGUUGCUUGAAUACCUCUGCCGAGUCUCCAGGAAUGGAUUUAUUAUUCCAGCAGCUACUCAAGUGAUCUUCGACUCACUUUACGGUAACAAUACAAAUCAAAAAUUGAAAUACCUGGCACUGGACUUCACCCUCAAUCUCAUCGAUCAGCCAUCAUAUCAAACGUACAGCCAAUUAUCAACAACCAUUGUCACUGGAUUACUCAAGUUAAUGUCCGCCGAAGACCCCAAGCUUCAAGCAAUGACAUAUACAAUAAUCGCUCGACUGGUCGGAAAAACUCGUAAAGUUCUGAAAACCAACCUGAGUAUCGUAAUGAAAUACUUCCAUUCUCUAGCCAACGUCAAAGACAACCUAGAGCUCAAGAGAACCAUCAGGGAUGCCCUCGUGUUGAUGGAGCCGGCCUUAGUAUUUGACCGUGAAAAUACAGUGGGAAUCGAGAAAAUGAAUUCAAUACUGACUGAUCACAUUGAAUCGGAAGACUCCUAUGCGCGAUACGUUGCCGUUCGUUAUGCAUCGACACUUUUCCCCUCUGAUGACAUCCCAUCCAAGUACCUUUUGCUCCUGGCAUGUGGCGACGAGAAGAGUGAAUUUUCUUCUGAAGCUAUCGAGGCACUUUAUGCAACAGCUAACAAAAAUUCACCACAGAAUGUUGGCCCCUCCCCUGAAUCUGUUGAACCGCACAAAAGCGAUGAGGAGCCUGCCCUCCCCCCAUUCCCAAAUCUCGUUCUGUACAUAAAUUCCCAGAUGAGCACGAGAAUCACCUCGAACCAAGUGAUUUCAGUUGGCAAUCACUCGUUACCCUACAAGGUUGCUACUUUCAGUGCAAUUAUUUCGUAUCUUCGUUUUUGUUUAGCUAAAAGCGCGAAUGUGAAUACUCGACGAACUCCCGGUGACAGUCAUCCCUGUGAAUAUACACCACUGAUUGGUCGAUAUCUAAAGCAACUUUUGCAAACGGAUAGCAAAUCCAUUGAUGCGUAUCUCGAAAUUAUUAAUUGCUUGAAUCACGUGACCUCCGAUACAGUUCCCCUAAAUGCUCUUUUGGAAGUGGUGGGUUCUCUUUCUCCAGAUAUGCUGGACAAAUUCGCUGAAGAGCUGAAGUUUCUCAAAGGUCUUCUUGCAUCUACGAAGGAAGAUGUUCGGGUAUUGGCUGGAAAGAUUCAUGCGAUUAUAAUGGCUCAUCAGUCAAAUCUCGAAGAGUUUGAGUAUCGAGUAAGUGAAUUAAUCGCAGCAACGAAGCACAAGACUCUUGAAAUUCAGCAUGGCGCCCUGCUGGCUCUAUCAUUCAUGUUUGAGCGGAAAUUAUUUCUCAGGAAAGCGACAGAUGAUAAAGAAUCUAUUUUGUCAUGGAAGCCAUACAUCGAUGGAGUCAAGACAAUCUGCGAAUUUCUUAAAAGCAAUACGCCUUCAUUAAUUGAAGCAGCAGCUCAAGGAAUCGGAAAUAUUGCCAAGAGUUUUUCACUACCACUGAAGAAUGACGAUGGCGAUAAUCUCAGUAAAAAAUCCAUCGUUGAGACACUCUUUGGAAUUCUAAAAAAUACCAAGAUGAAUCAUCGAGUUAAAGAGAAUGCAACCACAAGUCUGGGGCUGUUGUGCCUCGGUGAGGAUUUCCCUUAUGCAAAGGACAUAAUAGAGCAGUUCCUGGCCUUGACGAAAGAGACAAAGGACUCAUCUGUCCACUUUAUCAUUGCUGAAGCUCUGGUGCUUUCUGUUCAGGGCCCAGCAGCUACUGAAGCUCGUGAUGCUUGGGAGACACUGCCAGAGGAGCAUCAGAUACCCUUUACUCCACACAACGACAGUUUAUUGGAGUAUCUGUUGGAUCGUCUGUUGAAAACUGUCAGUGAUCCACAUCCAAAUUCCCGUCAGGCUGUUUGCAUCUGGUUGUUGGCUGUUCUUCGACGAAAUGCCAAAAGAAGACAUAUUCUGGAUAGACUCCCAGCCAUCCAGAGCGCCUUCAUGGAUUUUUUGUCAGAGAACAAUGAUCUCGUCCAGGAUGUUGCGUCGAAAGGGAUUUGUCUGGUGUAUGAGACGAGUGAGGUGAGCCAGAGGGAUGCUCUCGUCUCAAAUCUCCUCAAUCAAUUUUGCGAGGGUCGACGAACAGUAGCUCAAGUUACACCAGACACCAAAUUAUUCGAGGACGGCCAAUUGGGAAAAUCUCCCACAGGUGGCAACAUCUCCACAUACAAAGAAAUUUGUUCUCUCGCUUCCGAUCUCAAUAAUCCGAGCUUAAUCUACAAAUUUUUACAAUUAGCCAAUCAUAAUGCUGUGUGGAAUUCGAAGAGAGGUGCGGCUUUUGGUUUUUCAGCGAUCGCAAGUAUUGCCAAGAAUGAGCUGAAUAAAUAUCUUCCCAGUAUUGUUCCAAAAUUGUAUAGAUAUCAAUUUGAUCCCACUCCGAAAAUUCAACAGAGCAUGACGAGCAUUUGGUACGCAAUUGUUCCAUCGACACAGAAAGUCCUCGAGCAGUAUCAUGACGAGAUUCUUCAAGAUAUCAUUCCCAAUCUGACAAACCACAUGUAUCGAGUGAGAAUCAGCUGCUGCGAGGCACUGGCUGAUGUUCUCAAAUCAAAUGCACGUAUUGAUUACGUUAAGCAUGCGCCAGAAAUUUGGAGACAAUUAUUCCGAGUGAUGGAUGAUAUUCACGAGGGUACGAGGCAGACAGCUACAAAAACAGCAACACUCUUCAGCAAAGUGUGCUUACGUCAGUGUGAUCCGAAGUCUGGAAAAUCUGGAGAGCAGAUUGUUCAGGCUAUUCUGCCAGUUUUAUUGAACAUUGGAAUUGUUGAUACUGUCACGAGUGUCAGAGCUCUCUCUGUGCAGACAGUGGCACAGCUGGUGUCCACUGCUGGUCCUCUUUUAAAACCAUCUCUGGUAAAUUUAAUUCCAGCACUCCUCACUGCAACAGAUCUUGAGAAUACAAAGCUUACGUACAUGAGCAAUGUGUAUGGAGCACAAUCCGACGUGCAAGAAGCCAUUGACAGCGUUCGAACGAGUGCUGCCAAGAGUCAUUAUGCAACUGAGGCAUUGAAGAGAUGUACUCUGUACAUUGAUGCUGAAAUUCUCAAAGAUCUCAUGCCCAAAGUUAUAGAACUGAUGAGAUCGAGCAUUGGACUUGGUUCCAAAGUUGCCGUCUCUCACUUUCUCAUAUUCUUGAUGAUUCAGUCAAAACAGGAGUUGCAGCCCUACGCUGGAAAAAUCCUAACAGCCCUCAUGAAUGGCUUGCUCGACCGAAAUGCAGCUGUUAAGAAGACGAAUGCAGUGACAAUUGGACAUGUUGUGGGUUCCGCUAAAGAUUCAAGUCUAGAAAAAUUAUUCAAUACUCUCAACACUUGGUACAUGGAGAAGGAAGAUGAUUCUUACAGGUUGGCAAUUGGCCAGACAUUCCAAUCGAUAAAUAAUCACAAUCAUGAGGUUCUCAAAAAAUUCUCAGAUAUCAUAAUGCCUCUUGUAUUCUUCGCAAUGCAUGCUGUCAAAGUACCAGGGAAUGAGAACACCAUUGAACUGUGGACAGAGCUCUGGGGUGAUAUAGCCCAUGGGACAGAAUCAGCCAUUCAGCAGAAUUUGGAAUUGAUAACAAGUAAAUUGAGCUCAGCCCUGGAAUCAGCUUCUUGGACCAUCAAAGCCCAAGCAGCGAAUGCUGUCUCGACAGUUGCUACUAAAAUAGGAUCCAGUAUGGACGAUAAUUCCAGGAAUGGUCUGCUGAUGGUUCUGAUCAAUGGUCUCCAGGGAAGAACGUGGAAUGGAAAGGAGACAUUGGUCCAGGCGUUGGCUACUCUCGCUUGCAACAGUAAAGAGUCAUUGAGUAAAAAUCCAGAACUGACGAUGGCUAUCACUGAGGCCCUUCACAAGGAGAGCUGUAAAGCAAAUAUCGAGUACCGUCGUCAUGCACUCGAAGCUUUUGCUGACGUUCUCCAUGAACUGGAGGUAGAUCGGUUUACUCAGCUUUACGAUAUUGCCCAGGAUAUCCUGAUCAAGAUGGCCAAGAAGAAUGAUGAUGAUGACAGUGACAAUUACACCACUGAAGAGAGUUCUAAGAGACGAGAGGAUCAAAUGAAACUCCAAGAGACUGUUUACAAAGCUCUUGGGAAAGCCUGGCCUUCUUCAAUCGAACAUAAAUCGACUCAAGAUGAAUAUUGCCUCCAGUUUGUCACCCACUGUCACGAGACAUUGGUGAAUAGCACGAGGCCCACUCAGGUUGCCAUCAUGACGACUUUAACUCUCUUCGUCGAGAAACUAGUGAUUCUAAAAUUAACUACUGAGGAAUUAACUGAGAAUGAUAAACAAAAAUUACAUCAAAUCUGUGAGACACUCCAUCAAAUACUGAAGGGGGCGGUAGGAAUAUCGACGUACACGAAUAUUCGUAAGAAGGCACUCGACGUCAUCCUCAUUUUGUCGAAAAAACUGAUCGAUCAAAAUAAUUCAGAGCAAUUGGAAAAGAUCAAAAAAUUAUUCUCUGAAUUAUUGCAUGAUUUCUCUCGGGACAAACAACCGGAAAUGAGAACAAGAGUGGCUGAUAUUAAAUCAAUACUGCAGAUAGAAUGAAGCAGAGAUCGUUAAUUUUUUAAUAACAAAGGUGAGGAUUCCAAAUAAGUAAUAAUUCUGUUGCGAAGUGGUAAAAUAGGACGAGGACAUUUUUUUAAAAGCCGGUCAUCGUUUAAAAACUUGGCGUCGAAAAAAAUCUACUUAUCCUAGUUUACCACUUGCCACUGAAUUCUGAAUAAUUCGGACGAAUUCGUGAAAUUAUUCAACGUAUCAUUAUCACAUAUAUACUGUACUCUAUACAUGCAUUCAAUUAAAAAUAUCAUUGAACGUA